CACGAUUCACCCGGCAUUCUUAGUAAGUUAACCUAAACCUAAUGCCAGUGUCCGACAGCUCUUCCGAGUCUCUAUUCUGAGAAUGUUAUAUCUUCGACCCAUUCACUGAUGGAUGGAUUCAAUAUCCCUCGCUCAUAACUAUGUCUCAGGUCGCUGAAAUCCAAUACUACCACCACGGGCGUUUCCGUGUUGCUGGUGGUAUGCUGCCUGAUGCCAUCACUGCAUACCAGACAUUCGGCGACCCAAAAAACCCAGUUAUCGUAUUUCCUACAUGUUAUAUGGGAAAGCUUGACAGUCAAAGUUACAUGGUAGGGGAAAACAAGGUUUUGGAUCCGCGCAAGUACUAUGUGGUGACCAUUGCCUUAUUUUCCAAUGGAGAGUCUUCUUCACCCUCUAACACACCUGUGCCAUACAACGGCCCCUACUUCCCUACCGUCACAUACGAAGACAACGUCCGGGCACAGUACGCUGUGCUUACCCAGAAGCUCGGUGUCAAGAAAGUAUUCUGCGUGAUUGGAUUUUCAAUGGGCGCGCAGCAGGCAUACUAUUGGUCUGUCAUGUAUCCUGACUUCCUUGAAAGAUACAUCCCCAUCUGUGGAUCUGCUCGAACCAGCCCUCACAAUCAAUGCAUCUUAGAAGGUCCUAAAGCUGCUCUUUCAGCCUCAAAAGACUUCCAGGAUGGCCACUACAAGAGCAUUCCUCAGCAUGGUAUCCGGGCAUUUGGCCGUGUAUUGAACGCAUGGGCACAUAGCCAGGCGUGGUAUGCCAAGAAAGGUUUUCUCUUCAACGGAAAAUACACGAACCUCAACGACUUCUUAAGAGAGGACUGUGAAGGCGGUCUCCUGGAGUGGGACGCCAAUGAUUUAUUGACACUCUUGAACACAUGGCAAAUGGGGGACGUAUCUCUCAUCCGUGAUGGAAGUCAGUUCGCGGACUGUCUAGGAGCCAUCAAGGCUAGAGGUCUGAUUAUGCCUUGCAAGAAAGACCUGUACUUCGCUCCGGAGGACAGUCAGAAUGAGAUAAAAUUCUUGAACAAUGCAAGGCUAGUUAUUAUCGAUUCUGAGUGGGGUCAUGUGGCUGGGGCAGGGGCAAACGUGCAUGAUGAUGUGUUCAUUCAAGCAGAGGUGAUGAAAUUUUUGGAGGAACCUUAAGUUCUACUUGGUGUCAAUAAGUGUUGUUUUCGUCCUCAGUGGCUUAGUUGGCGGUUUUAUGGCUCUGGGUCCUUAGUCUCAAAAAAGUUUGAUUCUGCAUAAUUAUGGAAAGCACUGUAUGUGUUUUGUAUUCAUUAGUGUCUGCGAGACCUACGAGGUGCCUACGAAAGCCUGAGUUGAGUUGUCUAGCCUGCCUAAAUGAAUUUCGCGUUUUCCUGAUAUUCGCUUAUACUUACUACUAUCCCGACCUUCAUCAUGCGCAAGCUUAGCCUAUGGAGGAGUUCCCCAAUAUGACAAGUUGAACACACAUCGGGGUUUUCGAUAUUUAGGAGAGGUUUAUAUGUUGUACAAAAUGC